CUUUUUUUUUUCUUCUCCUUCAUUCCUCAUUCCCCAUUCUUUAUUCCCUCCCACCCGCACCUUUGUUUGAUCCUCGACUCCACGACUGCGCUAACUCCCCCCCUCUCUCUCCCGGUUCCUAGCCCACAGUCACCACUUCUUUCACUGCUUCUCUUCCCUCUUUCAAGUCGGAGACAUGAACGGAGUCCAGACAGCGAGCGAGGCCAUGACGGCUUCCUUCUCCGCACCGCCUUUCGAGGUCAGCGACCCUUGGGGCGCCACCACCCCCCGAGGUCUCAAUCCUCUGGACCUGAGCACCAUUCUCUCGGGGUUGCCGUUGCCAGAGAUCUACACGACGGCGUUUGAUCUGGCACAACCCGUGGGCGGGAAAAUCACCGUCCUGGCAUUGAACAAGAUCCUGGGUGUUAGCGGUCUACCCCCGGCCACCGUCGAUAAGAUUCUGAAUAUCGUGGUGGCACCCACGCGAUCGAGAAUCACGAAGGGAGAGUGCAGUGUCACCCUGGCGCUCGUGGCCAUGGCUCAGAAGAACAUGGAUCUUACCAUCGAGAAUUUGACAGCUCAUCGCGAAGACCUUCCGAUCCCUCAUCUGCCUGGUCUGGAGCUCAUCGAUUUUGAGAGCGUCAACGAACCCGAUAUCUAUUCAGCGUCGUCUUCGCUGCCGAGAGUGCAUCAUCCGGUCCAUGUAGGGAGCAGUGUCUCGGAUCCCUGGAGGUAUUCGACCAUUUCAACUACGACGGCUUCGAAGCUCAGCAGCAUCGGUAAUGGAGGGUAUCCCCCAGCACCAUCAUUCUUGGCUUCGCCACCGAUCUCGUCCCCAGAAGUGCCGCAGAGCGUGGACCCGGAGGCGACACGGAAGGAAAUGUACCAGUGGUUCUUGAAUGUGGAUACGAUUGGGAUUAGUUUUGCGCCGGAGAAGGAGGGUGUGUUCUUGUUCAAGCAUACGAAUUAUAUUGUCGAGUCUAAGAAUCGACAAACAACAGUUAUUAGGCGUUACAGCGACUUUUGGUGGAUGCUGGAGGUGCUUGCAAAGAGGUUUCCGUUCAGGAUUCUUCCUAACCUUCCACCAAAACGGCUAGGCGUGGCGGAUGAGGUAUUCUUGGAGCGGAGACUGCGUGGACUCACUCGAUUCAUGAAUGCAUUGGUCAGGCAUCCAGUCUUGAGGAACGAUCCACUCGUCGUAUCGUUCUUAACAGAGCCAGUGGAGCUGGCGCUGUGGAGGAAAAAUGUGGUGAUUUCGACAGAGGACGAGUUCACGACACGACUUCCGAUUUCGGAUGCGUUUGCGAAGCAGAUUCCGGGGACACUCGAUCUGGAACUGGAGAGCAUUAAGCGGCGACUGCCAGCGUCGAUCGAGUACUAUCGUAGUAUGGUGCAUGUCCUGGACAGGAUCCAGAAGCGAACGGAGGCUAGUGCGGCCGAUUAUACCCGAUUCAGUCUUGCACUGAAUGCACUGGCAGAUUGCGAGAGAAAGUGCCAUAUCGAAGACUGCUACAACUGCGCACAGUUGGCUCAAGGUUACGGCAAGAUCAGCUCCCAUAUCAAUCAGACCUCACACUUACUGGAAGAUCAGGCGCGGACGACACAUCGGGCGAUGGUCGAGAAUCUGAAGAGACAUCGGGAUCUGUUGGUGUCGACGCAGGAACUGUUACAGAGGCGAGAUCGGUCACGGGAGGGCAAUGCGGCCGAGAUGUUGAAGAAGCGAAUCGCGUCGAAUGAGGCGAAACUGAAGACGUUGAGGAACUCGGCAGCGUCGGCUGCAGGGGCGUCAGGCAAUGGAGCAGCAGGCGGGGACUCAUCCUCGGCGGGAGUAUAUGAUGCGCAGAUCGAGAAGAUCACGAAUAACAUCAACUCUGACCACGAAGAGCUCAGGGUCCAGAACCAGCGGGCGAUUUUGCUGCAGCACACACUGUGGAUGGAAAUCACGUACUACCACAAGAGCCAUGCCCAGAUCGCAAGCAUGUACCAGACCUUUGUGCACGGACAGAUGAAGACCAGUCAGAGUCUCUUUGACAACUGGAAGGCGCUCUCGCCCGUCGUGCACGACUUGCCCAUGGAGGUCAACGGAUUCAACUGAGGAUUCUAAACCUGAACUUGCAGGCAAAAGAUAUACAACAUCAACAUACCAUACCAUUUCGCAUACCUCUGCGUUCAACCCGCGACAUUUGACAUCUUUCAACAAUCUGCCCGCCCUCAUCUCCCUCCUACGACAUAGCUUUGCUUCUUACCACCCCGCGCCAACACACACAUACACGCACUCACACACUCUUGUAGCAUUUUUCUUUCACG